AUGGAGAUGUUCUACUACCUCGUGUUCGGCGCGCUCGCCGCCAUCGUGGCGGCGCUGGAGCUCGGCAAGUCCGGCAAGGACCGAGUCGCCACCUCCCCGGCCUUCAACUCCUUCAAGAACAACUACAUCCUCGUCUACUCCCUCAUGAUGUCUGGGGACUGGCUGCAGGGGCCCUACGUGUACUACCUCUACAGCCAGUACGGCUUCGACAAGGGCGACAUCGGCCGCCUCUUCAUCGCCGGCUUCGGUUCCUCCAUGCUCUUCGGCACCAUCGUCGGAUCCCUCGCGGAUAAGCAGGGGCGGAAGAGGGCGUGCGUCACCUACUGCAUCACCUACAUCCUCAGCUGCUUCACCAAGCACUCCCCCCAGUACAAAAUUCUUAUGAUUGGCCGCGUCCUUGGAGGCAUUGCCACUUCGCUGCUCUUCUCGGCGUUUGAGUCGUGGCUCGUCGCAGAGCACAACAAGAAAGGAUUUGAUCCACAAUGGUUGUCGAUAACAUUCUCCAAGGCUAUAUUUCUUGGCAAUGGUCUAGUGGCCAUUGUUGCUGGGCUAUUUGCAAAUUUUCUUGCUGAUAACAUGGGUUUUGGUCCUGUGGCUCCAUUUGAUGCUGCUGCUUGCUUCCUAGCAAUAGGAAUGGCAAUUAUCUUAUCAUCAUGGGGUGAGAACUACGGAGAUUCAUCUGACAGCAAGGACUUGAUAACCCAGUUCAAGGGUGCAGCUAAAGCCAUUGCUUCAGACGAGAAGAUUGCAUUGCUUGGAGCCAUACAGUCAUUGUUUGAGGGAUCAAUGUAUACUUUCGUUUUCCUGUGGACUCCUGCUCUGAGCCCAAAGGAUGAGGAAAUUCCUCACGGCUUCAUAUUUGCUACUUUCAUGCUUUCCUCGAUGCUGGGUAGUUCAAUUGCUUCUCGUUUGUUAGCUCGGAAGCUGAAGGUUGAAGGUUAUAUGCAAAUCGUGUUUUCUGUAUCGGCCUUUACUCUUUUCCUCCCCGUUGUCACUAAUUUCCUAGUACCUCCCUCUGGGAAGAACGGCGGUAGCAUUUUGUUAGGAGGCUGCUUACAGCUUCUUGGUUUCUGUACCUUUGAGUCAUGUGUUGGUAUAUUUUGGCCAUCAAUCAUGAAGAUGAGAUCUCAAUAUAUUCCUGAGGAGGCAAGAAGCACAAUCAUGAAUUUCUUCCGUAUACCACUCAACCUGUUUGUUUGCGUGGUGCUAUACAAUGUGAAUGCAUUCCCAAUAACUGUCAUGUUCGGCAUGUGCUCCAUUUUCCUUUUCAUGGCAGCAAUCUUGCAGAGGCGCUUAAUGGUUGUCUCUGAUCUUCACAGAUCGACAAAAGCAGCAGAGAUGACUGCGGAAGAUGAGCCUCUGAACCCUUAG